AAAGACUUCGUCUUUCGAUGAAGCAAACCCUUGAUAUUGGAAUCGCUUGCGACGAGAGAAACCCUCGAUGCGGUCCUUGUUCUCGAGCUGCAAACCCUAGAGAGGUAUCCCAAUUUCCUUGUUUUCUUGGGGUUUUUAUCGUCUUUGGUGGUGAUCAGCUUGUUUGAGUUCGAAUUUGGGUGAGAUUGAGGGGUUUCGGGCAUGCGAAUCGAGGGUUUGGAAGAGGAGGAUUGUGGGGAUGCGGGGAAGGAGGAAUUGGGGAUUUAUGGGAGCACGAUCGAUGUGAAGAGAGUGGUGGUCUUGGUUGGGGCUCGGGCGUUGUUCUAUCCGACUCUUCUUUACAAUGUUGUGCGGAAUAAGAUGCAGGCGGAGUUUCGUUGGUGGGAUGAGGUUGAUGAGUUUCUAUUAUUAGGUGCUGUUCCAUUUCCAAGUGAUGUUCCCCACUUGAAGCAACUUGGUGUUCAUGGAGUGAUAACUUUAAAUGAAUCAUAUGAGACAUUGGUGCCUACAUCACUAUACCUUGAGCAUGAAAUUGAGCAUUUGGUGAUACCUACAAGAGAUUAUUAUUUUGCCCCUUCAUUUGGAGAUAUUUGCCAAGCUGUGAACUUCAUCCACAAGAAUGCAUCCUGUGGAAAGACAACAUAUGUCCACUGCAAAGCUGGUCGGGGACGUAGCACAACCAUCGUUCUCUGUUACCUGGUACAACAUAAACUAAUGACACCAGAGGCUGCAUUUGAACAUGUCAGAGCAAGCAGGCCUAGAAUUCGUUUAGCUGCUUCACAAUGGCAGGCUGUUAACGAUUACUAUUGGCUUCAAGUGAAGAAAACCGGAAAGUCCAACUCCUUGGACCACCCGAUCGUGAAAUCACCGUCAUGGUUCACCACUCCAAACCUCAUGGCAUUUGAUGAGAGUUCCUUCAUCAUGGUAUCAGAGUCUGAUCUCAAAGGUUAUGAUGUGUAUUCCUCAUCAAGCAAUGUAGGAAACAGCAUAUACGCAGAAUUAAACCUUGUAUACAGGGUUCAGUUUGCUGGAAAAUCAGCCCUUGCUAAGCUAUCAUGUUUCUGGCUCCGGUUUCAUGCUCAUCAGGAUGCUUUGUCACCUGACAAGAAGUUAUUGGGAAGGGAGAGCUGUUCUCUGGAGGCUGAUGAACUGGGGAGUGGACAUCCCUGUCUGGUUACUGGACUUGUGUUAAAAUUGUAAAUAUAACUGUAUGUAUUUGCACUACCCUCAUGUUCAUCCUUUUUUUUUAAAAAAAAAAUCUUUUCAAGGGUCAACUUUUCUUGUGAAAUCUGUCUAUUUUGUAAAUAUGAUGGAACUGAAAUUGUAACAGCUUUUGUGCAGGUUUAUUUUAAUGGCCAGUUUAUGAAGAUGCUGAUAAUGUUGCUCUUA